AUGGUCAGGUACGGAGGCGACGUUACAUUGAGAGAAGUUUCGACUCAGAGGAUGGUUCACGAACAGCUUCUUGGUCAAGUGCCUGUUCCUGAGGUCUUUGGCUGGACCGAGGAUGAAGAUCAGGGGUUCAUCUACAUGUCGCUGAUUGAGGGCGAUACCUUGGAACAGAGGUGGAACGAUCUGAACGAAACCGAGAGGCAAGCCAUCUGCGCCGAGCUGAAGCCCAUGGUCAAGGCAUGGAGGGGUCUGAAGCAAGACGGCCAAGAGCCCUUUGUUGGUAGCAUCGGUACAAGGCCUCUGAGGGAUAUCUUCCUCGUGUACCGCCCAGAGCUUGUGGGACCAUUUCAAGGCGGCAACGCUGCCCAGCAGUUUCAAGACGUCUGCGGCAUCGAUAUCAGUUGCGAGAUCCCCGUUGUGUUUUCUCAUAGCGACCUGAUCCCGCCGAAUGCGCUCUUGUCACGAGGGCCCAGCCCAAAGGUAGCAGCUGUCAUUGACUGGGCCCAGUCAGGAUGGUAUCCUUCGUACUGGGAGUAUUGCAAGGCGCGACAGGUAGAAUUGGACCCGGAAUUGUUCAGCAAGGCUCUGCAGGAGGAAUCGCGGGAAAAGUAUCUACCCUUUUUCAUUGAUCCUGUGGAUGACGAGACUUAUUACUAG